ACCGGUGCCGGUUCAUCUUUUCUUUUCUUUCAGAACGACAAAGAAGGUCGGGUAGGAGACGAAGGAAAAGCUGUGUAAAUUUUUUGGCUGAAUUUACAGGUUUUAAUUCAAAGUUAAACUUCCAAUUGGAUUCCUUAUGCUUAGCCAAUAAUUCGUUGCUGGUUAUUUAUAACAUCACAAUUUUAAUUUACAACUGUUGAUCGAAUACAGCUUCAUAAUAGUUACCCCAAAACCAAAUCUAUUUUUUUCGUGAAAGCGGCUAUGCAGUUCCAAUCAUUGGAAUUUUGAAUCUCCCACAAUUCUUGUAUUCAACACCAUAUAAAGCAAAUGUAUUUUUGUAUCGAUUUUCUAUCGUCAGUUGAUCUAAAUGAUGACCAGGAAAUUAACCAAAUGUUAGAUGUCAAAAAAGUUAUUGUGUAGCAUGAUGCAUCAUGGUUAAUCCCAAUAUUGGCAAGGCUCGUCUUCUGGAAUGCAACUAUCUAAUUUGAAAGAUAAAAGUGUCUAAAAAAAUCCUAUUUGAACCUUUUCCUACGAUACCAAGUGACCACUAAAGAAGUCCUUGGUAAUUUUAAACUACCAAGUUAUCAACAAAAACCUUGAUUUAUAAAAAAAAAAUAUUUGUUUGCAAAUCAAGAACGUGCAUUUGCCCCUUUUCUAUGUUUUAAUGCAAUACUCAUAUUCUUCUUUUAUUUGGUCUACCUGCAUUUAACCGAAUUCCUUAAGGCUAGGGUAGCAUUACAGAAGCUUAGAUGACCAACUUAAAGAACAGUCAGGACCUGCUUUAACAAUUCAAUCAUCUCAAAUACCUAAUCGACCAGUCAAUUCAAGUUGAAUCUGCAAAUGCGUUUCUGUAUGAUUGUUCACCUGACAGUGUCUAAUAAUUGGUAAGCAUUCUAGGAGACCCUGGUGCAUUUAAGGUUCCCAUUCAAGUUAUAACAUUAAAUACCACUACAGAUCAAAUAAAAGAUCACCAAAUGCAUCAGUCCUUUUCGUUUGCUGUUAAACCACAGGGUCACUUACACCUCUAGUUCGUGCUUCAGGCUUCAAACCCACAACAUCUUGCACUGGAAGCAAACGUCACAUCGCAAGGCUACUCCAUUCAGACUUGUUACCUCAUGUCAAUGUCCGAAAUACCAACCAACCAAUUUAGAUCUUUUUAAUCGCAGUGUGGUACAAAUAAAGAAAUAAAGGUUACAAACAAAGGUUUCUCCUUACCCUGGCCAAUGUUUUGCCAUUUUCAUUUAUCGCUUUAAUAUCGUGUUGCUGAUGUGCCUAAUAUUCGUAUGUGGUUAUCCGAGAAACCGUUUAUAUUAAGUUAUCCCAUCACUGAUUAUUUUCCAUUUUAGUUGUAUGUUUUGGAAUGUGUUUCCUUAUCUUUGGUGUGCAUAUUUUGGCACAGGGACACCCUUUAUCUAGAUUUCCACGCAAAAUUGUUCUUGUUAAAGCAAUUAAUAACCGCCGUCCAUGAUGCUAUGAUAGUGGAAAAGUCAAUACCAUAUUUUUUACUUUAUGUUGCCUAAUACCUCACGAUUUACCGUGUUUUGUAUUCUACGAUCCAAUUGUGAUAUAUGUUCAUGUGUCCUUCUUUCAUAGUCAUUUCUGAGAUAAGCCAUGAGUUGCGAGCUGUUUGUUGGAAACUUAAACCCUGAAGUGCGCAUGCGUGAUCUGGAAAAUUGUUUUGGUCGUUAUGGAAAAAUCGUUCGAUGUGAUCUGAAAAAAAACUUUGGCUUCAUUCAAUUCGAAGAUCGACGUGAUGCCGAGGAAGCGAUCAGGAAGGAAAAUAACCGCACAUUACUUGGAUCCAGAAUGACUGUUGAAUGGGCGAAAGGAAGCAUUGGGGAUAAAAGUCGUGGAGGUGGUGGAGGUGCAGGAUUUCGAAAACCGCAUUCUUCACCACCUCGUUUUACAGGUCGUGGUGGUAGAGACAGAUCUCCAUUUGCUGGUGGACGAAUGAGAUCGCCCGUUGGUGGGCGUGGUGGAAGAGAAAGAUCUCCAGUGGGACGUAAUGGGUAUUCAUCUAGUUUCUCACCACGAGAAGACCGUUUUAGUGGUGGUGGACCGAGACGAAUGUCGGGUGGACGUGAUUCAUUCGACAGCCGCUCCAAUUUCGACAGUCGUCCUCCAAGAGAUCGAUUUCCUCCCCGAGAGAGGUUCGAUAGCGAUCGUAGCCGAGGUCCACCUAUGGAUCGAGGCAAUAGAGGCCCUCCACCAAGAGACGGUGGUUUUUCAGAUCGUGGUCGUGAUCGUUUUAAUGACAGGAGGGAAAGUUUCGGUGAAAGAAGAAGUUUUGGAGGUGGACCAAGAAGAUUUUAGAUUGUUUUUUAAUGUUUUCUUUAUCUGUGAUGAUAAUCGUGUUUCAAAAAUGUCGCUCGCCUACAAAAUUCCUUUUGAAUACUUGUAUAUUUAGCAAAGUCCGUUUUAUCCAAGGAAAACUUGUUUUUUAUCAACAAGAAAUAUCGAAUCUAUUUGAAACACAAGAGCAGACACGUUUUUUAAUGUUGUAUAUAUAUUUCGUUGACCUCUCUAAGAUGUACUUUUUUAUGCAUUUUUCAUUUGAAAGUAUACUGCUUGUAACUAACAAAUCAAAAGAACAGUAAAAAUA